CUACACUAUACUAUACAACACAGAUAUCGAUCUCCAUCAAAUUCAAUCAUCCAACCGCCAUGGAUGAUCGUUCUUUUCUUUCAUAUUCAGAAUUGGGUUUUCUAACUGACUGACACGGAUGAUUCGUGAUCGUGGUUGCAACAAACACAAGAGUGAGUGAGUGAGUGAGCAAAGUGUACUAGGCAGGCAGGCCUGUCUGAUUAAUCUGGAAAUUUGUUAAUAUUGUUAAAGGGGCCUGGCCCAGACUUGCCACUUUCUUCAAUGUAAUAUAAUUAAUAAAACCAACAUACACACACAAGUAAGUGAGUGAGUGAGUGAGAGCAUUUUCAUUCUAGGGUUUCCUUUCUCUUCCGGCCGUUUCUAUUCCUUUCUUUUUCUUGAUCCCCUUCUUUCUUCCUCAAACUAAUUAUAUUGAUUUAGUAACUACAAGCACAACAUAUAUAUAUAUAUAUAUAUAUAAUGUUGUCCAAUAAACCCCCAAUCUUCCCUGUCCAAGAACCCCAUUUCACUGACUAUGGUUUCGAACCCCAAUUUCAUUACUUCCAGGUUUUGGAAGAAGCAAGGAACCACAGGAGGGAGAGGACGGCGAUUGCAAGAUCCAGCGUAGACGAUGACAUGAUGAACUUCAAGCUCCAGAAACCCAUCUCCAGAGACGACUCGUCUUCUCUGUCAAAGAAGAUCAAGAAGACCAAGAACACCCGCCGCUGGUGGCGCAACGCCCUUCUCUUCUUCAGGUUUCCAAGGUCGCCGCCGCCUGACAACCGCAUUAAUUAUAAUAUCGGCUCCUCCAUAUCCGGCCCACUUUACAUUACUGACAGUAUCGCCGGCGGUUCGCCCGCCCCCUACCGGACCGCCAGCCGGCCGAGCUCCGGCCCGCUCGUCAAGGGCGAGGUCGUCGACAUCCCUUACGUCAGCCUCGCCGACGGCAACUGUAGGACUAGCUCCGCCGCGGCUACGCCCAUAUAUCUCGUCACAUAAUCCGCCAUUGAUGUGCAGGAACUUCGGGGAGUUCGGCUCCCGGGAGUCGCUGAGAAUUUCGAUCACUCUUGAUAUAUUUAUAUUCCUUUACCUUUACUCAUUUUUUUUUUUUUAGGAAGAAAAAGAAUGUGGACUUUUUUAGUGCAAGGUCACUUCAAUGGUGGUUUGGGAAUGAUUUCUUCUAAUUUCCAUUAGUGUUCUUUUCCUUGAGCUUCAAGAAUGAAACUUUUAUUUUAUGGCUUGUACAUUAAUUGUGAUUUACUCGUUAGAAAAAUAAAU